AUGAGUGAGAGUCCGUUAGACGCCCUUAGAACCAUAUCUGAUGGAUCAAAUUAUAUUAUGGCUCUUAGUAGCAUCCACAGGAACAUUAAGCCAGAUGAAAUUGAAGAGUUUUUCAACAUUGUUUUUGGACACCUUCAAGAUAGUGUUGCAGAAGACAUUGGAAUGCGCACACUUCAAACAAUAGCUCGCGUUCUUCAAUUAAAGUCAUUCCGCGAAGUUUUCAUCGAAAAACAAUAUAUUCAUGCACUUCCAUACAACCAAAAGAACUUAAAUGAUGGUGUUCUUGAUGUUCUCUAUGUUCUUGUUACCCAUGCUCCACAAGCUUUCGAUCAGGAAGCAGCUGAUGGCUUUGCACGUGCAAUUGUCCGUAAUCCAAGGAAAUCACUGAUCAUAUUAUCAAUUUAUGCUACAUACUUCGACCAACUCGAGAACCCAUGGCCACUUCUCGAUGACUUAAUUCAAGGCCAGCGUAGAUUCUCAGUAGACGCCUGCGCCAAGGAAUACUGCUUACUUCUUGCAUAUCUUGUUACAGAACACCUUGGCUUCCGCCGUGGCCGUUCUAAACAAGCUUUCGACUGCGUUGCCCAAAAUCUCGAAUCUGAUAGCGAAGAAGUCGUUAUUGCUGCAUACAGUGCACUCGCUUCCAUCGUAUCUGUUGAACAGAACGUUAUCAUACCAUUCCGCGAAGUUCGUUCUCAUCUUGCUUAUCGUUAUCCAGAUCAAGAUGUCCAUCCAUUCCAAGAUGCCGUUUUAGACUUCCUUCUUGUUGCUCCUCUCAACUGGGAUGAUCUUGCUAACCCCAAGUUCCUUUCCACCCUUCUUGAACUCGCAAAAACUGAAGCAAAGGCUUCUUUAGUUCUUUGCCGCCUUGCAGAGGAUGUAAAGGUCGCACAAGCUCUCGUUGACAGCCCAAGAUGGCUAAAGAGAGAGCUCCCAACAUCAAAGGAUACUUUGAGGCUUUUCUUAGUUGUUUUCAAGCAUUUGCCAAUGCGUCCAAUUAUUGCUCGCAAAGAAGAGUUCAUUUCAUUCUUAAGACGUGUAAAUGCAUACGCUGAUGAGCCAGACCACUCUCUUCUCUGCACAAUUAUUCGUAGAAUCAAUCUUGACAAGGAAUUAGUUUCACAACUUUCCAAAUCAGGUUUCAUUGCAGAAUAUCUCGGUAACGCUGAUGACUUCAAGACAGAUAACGCCGCUUACAGUGCAAUUUUGUUUACAGAUACAAUCUGCAAAGAUUUCUAUACAAAAGAGUUAAUUCCUAUGUGCGAAACCGUAUGCCAAAUCAUACAAAGUGGCGGUGACAACCAGCCUGCUGCCAUCAAACUCGCUACAGAUAUGUGCAGACAUGCGAAAUGCGUCAGAAAGUUCCAGGAGCUUAAGCUUAACACAUAUCUUAAGAACAGGAUCUCUAAGAUGAAAAACAGAGGACACAUAAGAAAACUUAUUGGCCUCAUCGAAGGCUUGGAAGAAUAA